UCUUCCUCUCUGUCUUUACUCUCACUCUCUCUCUCAAACUUAAUAUUUAAAUAUAGUGCAGCGCAGUGCAGUGGAGAGGUCCUGGGACAUGAUGGCAGCUCGCAGGUUUUGGAUAUAUUUUGGAGUUGUAACUAUUCUCGGGACUUUAAUGGUUCAGGUGCAGUGUAAUGAGGAGUCCCAGCUGAUCAGUGACUUGUUCAAAAGUUACAACAAGAAUAUUCGCCCGGUGGUUAAACCUGAAGACAAGUUGGACAUUCAGAUCAAGCUGACCCUCACUAACCUUAUCUCCCUGAAUGAAAAGGAGGAGACUCUGACAACCAAUGUGUGGAUCGAGAUUCAAUGGACUGAUUAUCGCCUUGCCUGGGACGAAUCUAAAUAUCAUGGCAUUGGUAUUAUUCGUGUCCCAUACAGCACUGUUUGGCUUCCUGACAUCGUCCUUGAGAACAACAUUGAUGGCAAGUUUGAUGUGGCCUACUACGCCAAUGUGUUAAUCUACAGCAGUGGUGCGAUGUACUGGCUACCUCCUGCUAUCUAUCGCAGCACGUGUGCCAUUGAGAUCACCUACUUCCCAUUUGAUUAUCAAAACUGCACAUUAGCAUUCAGAUCCCAGACGUACAGUGCCAAUGAAGUAGAUCUCAUUUUAGCUAUCGGAGACAACGGCGAAACUAUUGAGUGGGUAGACAUCGACCCCGAGGCUUUCACAGAGAAUGGUGAGUGGGCCAUUGUCCAUCGUCCAGCCAGGAAGAUGGUCAACACACGCUAUUCCCCAGAUGACCUAGAGUAUCAGGAGAUCAUGUUCAACCUGAUCAUCAAAAGGAAGCCCCUCUUCUAUAUCAUCAACGUCAUCCUGCCCUGCUCCCUCAUCUCCUCACUGGUUGUGCUGGCCUACUUCCUACCUGCACAAGCCGGCGGACAAAAGUUGACUGUUGCCAUCUCUGUCUUGCUGGCUCAGACUGUUUUCCUCUUUCUUAUUGCCCAGAAGGUCCCUGAGACAUCUCUCUCUGUCCCUCUUAUCGGCAAGUACCUGAUCUUUGUGAUGUCUGUCACUACUCUCAUUGCCACAAAUCAAAUUGUGGUGCUGAACUUCUCCCUGCGCAGCCCCAGCACUCAUACCAUGUCCAAUACCAUCAAACAUGUGUUCCUAGAAAUGGUUCCUCGCUUCCUGGGCAUGUCCCCACUGGUGGAUGAUAGUGAGGUGACAACAGAGGUAAAUGGAGUGAGGGAACGGCGGCGCAGCUCUUUUGGCCUCAUGCAGAGAGCAGAGGAAUAUGUGCUGAAACAACCUCGCAGUGAAAUGAUGUUUGACAAACAAAGAGAGAGGCAUGGGCUCACAGGAUCAAUUGUGGAUAAUAUGGAUGUCAGCAGCACAGCCAACCUGUAUAAGAGUCUGGCCCAAGCUGCACCUGACAUCAAGAGAUGUGUGGAUGCCUGCAACUUCAUUGCUGAGAGUACAAGACAGCAAAAUAACAUUGGAUCUGAAAUUGAAAGCUGGGUACUGAUUGGGAAGAUGAUCGACAAGGUGUGUUUCUGGGCUGCCAUCCUCCUCUUCACCAUCGGCACAGUGGGGAUCUUUUUACAAGGACACUUCAACCAAGUGCCUGAAUUUCCAUUUCCGGGGGAGAACAAAAAAUAUGUCCCAAGUUAAAAUUAAAAAAAAAACAGCCCCUUUUGCUGUGAUGAAUCCUUUCCAAGGGUCACUGUACCUCAUGCUGUCUAUAAGGCUGAGUUAUCUUGCUCAUUGAGUCCCAGGCCCAGAUUCAGGGCUGAGUUAGCAGGGCUUUAAUUACAGGGAUUUAACAAUAAAUCUUUCUGUGUUCAUGUUCACAGCUCAAACUUCACUCUUUGUGAACACUUGUUAGGCAGCUGAGGGUUUUCCAUUCUAACUUACAACUUAGUUAUGAGUUCUUCAUCUUAGUGUAAGUUCUUUGGAUGUAUACGUUAAAACAUCACCAUCAUCAUUAAGUGCAAUUAUUUAUUAUUUGUUUUGUGGAAUAAAAGACAAUAUCCACAGUUUGUGUUUAAGCAAGUUCAGACUUCAGGUCAGGGGGUGUAUUUGAAGGAAAAUGCGGAUUCACCACUGUGCUGAGAAAGUUAUUUCUAUUGCAACACAUUGUGUCUGUAUUGCAUGGGGCCACAAGCACUGUGUCAAACUGAAUUCAUAUAUACCAUUAAAGAAGGUUAAUUAAAUGGAUUAAACAGAUUUUAUGUACACACAGUGUGAUGAAGUUACAAGAAUCAUCCAUGUGGCACACUGCAAAAAGUCUGCAUAAGUUUCCCUGCAUGUACUAUGUCUUAUGUGGAUCCUGUGCAUGUAACUUGAGCCAGCCAACUCUGAACCAAAGCCUUAUUCUUACUAUGACUUAUUCAUUAGCACGUCUUGUUAGGAGCUAGAUAGCUCAGAGGGACAUUGUCUUGAUUCAUUGUGCCAUGUUUUUUAAAAUAAAUACUUUUUGUGCAUUGUGA